AUGGGCCUCAUCAAAAAAGUGACGCUCUCCACCGUCGGCCUCGGCAGCGCAGCGCUGGGCUACCUCGGCCUGGCGACCACCAUCGUGAGCCCGCUGCCGGCCGACGACCCGCUGUGGCAGAGCAAGAGCUUCGCCAAGUACAACCGCCAUCGGAAUCCGUCGACGCAGGAUAUCUGUGUCAAGCGGAUUCCGCUGGCGAAGAUUAGGCCGGAGCUGCUGGAGAAGGAGGGGGAUUUGGCGCUGGAGUUUUGUAGGGGGGUUUGGGGCGGCUGGGGCUACCGCUUCCAACGCGCCUACCUCGCACGCAAAUACCACUCCCCCGCAACAACACACCAACUCUGGACCGUCGAACAACUCGCCCACUCGGCCUACGCCCCCGGCACCGUCCUGACGGACCACUUCGAAGUGGUCGAGCGCACCGCCAACGAGAUCACCAUGCGCUGCGGCGACACGCCGCGCAACCCCAACCCGCGCGAGUCGGAUGGGCUGUUUGUGCUGAGCGCGGCGGUGGACCGGGCCAGCGGCGAGGCGGUGUUGGGGCUCAAAAGCUGUUUUUUCACGAGUAAGGAUAAGGUGGAGGGCAUUCAGGGGCCGAUGCCGGGGUGGAUGGAGGAGUUGCAUCGGUGGUAUUCGCGGAUUUGGAUGGAGACGGGGUCGUGGAGGGUUACUCGUUAG